CCAAUUUUCGUAGGAAUGGAAACUGAAUGCUUCGUAUUUUACUCUCUGUAUGAGAAUCUAUAGUAAGGAAAUAACACAAACGUCGCCUUUGAGGACAAAAUUUUGUGGCAACACAAAUAGUAACAACGGUUCUAUUUCCGUUUUUAAAGCGUUGUUAAACAUCGAUAAUAACAAAAGGCCCGUUUUUCAUUUUCCGAUGGCUGUACACGGAUUCUCUUAGGUAGAUACCCAGACCCUAUCUGUACAAACUAGGUCACACACGUUUUAUACAGUUGGUCCAUAGACUGCUGGUCACAAACUUGCUGGUGGUGCACGGAGGUAUUUACAUGUUACGCAGCUACACGCCUUUGACAGGAAGAACACUAGAGCUUUCUGGCUGCAACUCUAAUGGUUCUGUGUUCCUGGUUCGUUUCUCUGAAACCUAAUGUGAUGCUGUUGCCAAAUUUAUCGCCGUUUUUCAUGUUUAGUGAGCUUAAAAUACAAUGGGAGCUGAGGUGAGGUCACCCUUAGCUAUUAGACUAUUUGAACUCACAGUUGGCUAACGUAAGGGUCAUGACCAUGUUCCCUACACAAGUAAAAGUCCUGCACAGGGUGCUACGUUUGAGACACACAUUAUGGGGCCCUCCUCCAUUUGGAAAAGCACCUUGCUCCAGACUGGUUCUGGGCAUUGAGACCAGCUGUGAUGACACUGGAGCUGCUGUGCUGGACGACACGGGUGAAAUACUGGGAGAGUCUCUACAUUCACAGAAAGAAGUGCAUCUCAGGACUGGUGGCAUCGUCCCCACAGUGGCACAACAGCUCCACAGAGAAAACAUAGAGCGCGUGGUCCAGGAAGCUUUGGAGAGGAGCAACGUGGAUCCAAGCCAGCUCUCAGCUGUGGCCACCACUGUGAAACCGGGUUUGGGCCUGAGCUUGGGCAUCGGACUCGAGUUCAGUCUGAGGUUUGUGAGGCGGCACAACAAGCUCUUCAUCCCCAUCCACCACAUGGAAGCCCACGCCCUGACCGUCAGGAUGCUUCAACCUGUUGCCUUCCCCUUCCUGGUGCUGCUCGUUUCUGGGGGUCACUCGCUCCUCGCUGUGGCUCGAGGAGUGGACGACUUUCUGCUUUUGGGUCACACUCUAGAUGAAGCUCCAGGGGAUACACUGGACAAAGUGGCAAGACGUCUGUCCCUCAUAAAACACCGCCAGUGCUCCACACUAAGCGGAGGACAAGCUAUAGAGCUUCUAGCAAAAGAUGGCGACAGGACAAAGUUCCCAUUCAGGACCCCUAUGGGCCAAAUAUAUGACUGCUGCUUUUCUUUCGCUGGGCUACGGAAUCAAAUUACAUUGACGAUAAUGAAAAAAGAGGCAGAAGAAGGUAUAGAGCAGGGCACGCUGUUGUCGUGCGUGCAUCACAUUGCAGCAGCUACGCAGCACACAGUCGCCUCUCAUCUUGCAAAGCGCACACAUCGUGCCAUCUUGUUCUGUAAGGCAAACGGUCUGCUGCCAUCAAGCAGUCCCACCUUGGUGCUGUCUGGAGGAGUCGCAAGCAACCAGUAUAUCCGCAAGGCUUUGAGCAUUAUCACUGAGGCGACGGGGCUACGUCUGCUCUGUCCUCCAGCCAAAUUCUGCACUGACAACGGAGUGAUGAUUGCAUGGAAUGGUGUAGAACGCCUGAGAGAAGGGAAAGGGAUACUGCCUCCGAAUGUGGAUGUCUACUAUGAGCCAAAGGCACCGCUGGGUGUUGACCUGACAGCAGAGGUGAAGGCAGCAGCUAUCAGGUUGCCGUCAGUCAGGAUGAAGAUCCCCAACUGAAAGACUGGAAAGAAAACUCCUCAAUUUUCCCAGUUCAAAGUAUACUAUGUAUACUAGACGUGUAUAAGCACAUUAAAUGGCUAUUUAUUAAUAAAUGUUUUUAUACACCUCAGUUAAAAUAAAGUUUAAUAUCCCUUAAAAAAAGUA